UUGAUCCUCAAUUUUCAUCCUGUUUUUGGACUCGCUGGCAGGUCCCAGCGCAUUUUUACUAGAUCAAGCAACUUUCUCUCAUUUGUGUCAAUAUGUGUGGUAUCUUUGCUUACAUUAACCAUUUGGUCGAAAAGGACCGUCGCUAUGUUGUGGACACUUUGGUAAACGGUUUAGCAAGACUUGAAUAUCGUGGUUACGAUAGUGCCGGUAUUGCCAUCGAUGGUGAUACGGAAAAAGAGGUUCUCCUCUUUAAGCAAGUUGGUAAGGUGCAAGCUUUGCGCAAACACAUUGACGAAACUCCAAUCGAUUUUGCAAGAACAUCAAUCUCACAAGUUGGUAUGGCACAUACACGUUGGGCGACGCAUGGUCAACCUUCUCCAUUGAACUGCCAUCCUCAUCGUAGUGAUGCAAACAAUGAAUUCGUCGUCGUUCACAAUGGUAUCAUUACCAACUUCAGAGAAUUGAAGAUGGUCUUAUCAAAGCGCGGAUACAAGUUCGAAACCGAAACUGAUACAGAAAGUGUUGCUGUUUUGUGCAAAUACCUCUACGACAGCGCUUCAGGAAGAAAGCCUGACUUCACAUCUUUGGUUAAGAGCGUAAUCAAAGAAUUGGAAGGUGCUUUCUCCUUCGUUUUCAAGUCAAUCCACUACCCUGGUGAAGUGGUCAUUGCUCGUCGUGGUUCGCCUCUUUUGAUCGGUGUCAAGACAGAAAAGAAGCUCAAGGUAGACUUUGUUGAUGUUGAAUUUGGUGGAAACACAGAUGCAGAUGAAUCAUUGAGCGUUCCAACUCAAUCUGGUUUGCUUGCACCUCCAGGUGGCAGACCUGCUGGUCCUGGUUCAUUGUCUGUGCCCAAUGCAAACUUGAUCCGCUCUCAAUCCCGUGCCUUCUUGUCUGAAGACGGUCUUCCCCAACCAAUCGAGUACUUUGUCGCUUCCGAUGCAAGUGCAGUCAUUGAACAUACCAAGCGUGUCUUAUACCUCGAAGAUGAUGAUAUCGCUCACAUCUCUGAAGGUGAAUUACACAUUCACAGACUACGCCGCAAUGAUGGUCUUUCUUCCAUGCGUUCGAUCGAAACAUUAGAGAUGGAAUUGGCCGAAAUUAUGAAAGGAUCUUUCGACCACUUCAUGCAAAAGGAAAUCUUUGAACAACCAGAAUCAGUCGUGAACACUAUGCGUGGACGUGUCAACUUUGAUACUCGUCAAGUGAUGUUGGGUGGUUUGUCAGCGUUCCUUGCAACGAUCAGACGUUGUCGUCGUAUCGUUUUCUGUGCUUGUGGUACUUCUUACCAUUCCGCAUUGGCAACACGUGCAAUUUUUGAAGAAUUGACGGAAAUUCCCGUUUCGAUCGAAUUGGCCUCCGAUUUCCUCGAUCGUCGUACACCAAUCUUCCGUGAUGACGUUUGUGUGUUCGUCAGUCAAUCUGGUGAAACUGCUGAUACGAUCUUGGCUUUGCGUUACUGCUUGGAACGUGGUGCUCUAUGUUUGGGUGUGGUCAACACUGUCGGCUCAACGAUCUCACGUGAAACUCACUGUGGUAUCCACAUCAACGCUGGACCUGAAAUUGGUGUUGCAUCCACCAAGGCAUACACAUCUCAGUACAUCGCUUUGGUCAUGAUGGCCGUUCAAUUAUCAGAAGAUCGUAUCUCAAUGACCGAAAGAAGGAACCAAAUCAUUGAUGGCUUACAUGAUUUGCCCGAACAAAUUCGAACAAUUUUGGCACAGGACAAAGCCUUACAAGCAUUGGCACAUGGAACAUUGGCAAAAGAACGUUCUUUGUUGAUCAUGGGACGUGGUUAUCAACAUGCAACAUGUUUGGAAGGUGCAUUGAAGAUCAAAGAAAUUUGUUAUAUGCACUCAGAAGGUAUUUUGGCCGGUGAAUUGAAGCAUGGUCCUUUGGCUUUGAUUGAUGAAUCUAUGCCUGUGAUUUUGAUCAUGACAAAGGAUUCCAUUUACCCUAAAGUCCGUACAGCAUUGAUGCAAGUUACCGCACGUAAAGGACAACCUAUCAUCAUCUGCAACGAUGAUGAUCAAGACAUUCAAGCAGACGCAAAGACGAUUCGCGUUCCACGUACGAUUGAUGCCUUGCAAGGAUUAUUGACAGUUAUUCCAUUGCAAUUAUUGUCAUACCAUUUGGCAACUGCAGCAGGAGUAGAUGUCGAUUUCCCACGUAAUUUGGCAAAGAGUGUGACUGUGGAGUAAAGAGUCAAAGAAGAAGAAGAAGAGAAUACAAGAGUGAUUUAUCGUUUUACCCUUCCCCCCCCCCCUUCACAACCAAGUUCAACAAGGUCAAUUUUGUCGUGUGUUUUUUU